AUGUCAUACACACCACUACCAAUGGCGAAACAAUGGGACGACGACGGCAGUGACCGUCCAUCAACAACCUCGUCGAACGAGCAACCAGAGCAUGCGGCUCAUGUCCGCUCCAGGUCGACAGCCCACACUAAUAGCCCGAAGCGGCUAUCGGUCUUCAGUGGCCGCUCGCGGAGCAAUACGACUACCUCGACCUCCUCUCGUCGCUCACCAGGUUCUUCAAUGACCUCGGAAGGUUCGAUUCCUGACGAACGCACCGUAUCCUCGCUAGGUCAACGUUCCGAUAAGGACAGGUCAUCUCGGUCCUUUUUGGCGCGGGGGAGCCGCAUUCUACGUCGCCAGGGCAGCAAGAUCAACAUCGUUGCCACCCUGGAUGAGGAAGAUGAGGUUGAUCGUGAAAAGCCCCGAGACAGAGAGCUGUUUGGGCGUCGAUCUCGUCACCCAGAUAACAGUGAACGCUUGAAAAGCAUUAUAUCUGAUCCGUUCGAUUUCCACCACCUGACACACACCAAUCCGUCCCAAUUCCAAGCUCUAGACCAGACACGUGAGAAUGACUUGGUCACCGAAUUUUCCGCCAUUCGCGCAUCGCAACGGCCCCAGACCGGUCUGAAAGGUAUCCGCGCCGAGGACAUUCAUUUCCGAAAUUUCUCUGCCGACGACCUGGGCAUGUUUGGAACUGCCACCACCGCUGACGGGCCGAGUAUGAGCCCGCCGGCUUCCCCAACCGGUCCUCAGGGCCAUGCACGCAAGGGAUCCCGCGCGAACGAGAACUUCUCUCGUCCUGUCCCGAGGUAUCCUCGCUCUUGUCCCACUACUCCCCCUCCACCUUCGGUACCGGAGACUCCUCCACCGGAGAGCAUGGAGCUAGAGCCCCGUGCCAUUGACGAGAUCUUGGGUCUGUCAUCGGCCGUGACGUACCCGGAGUCCCUCCAGUCCACACCACCAUCUCAAUUCUUUAACCCCGAACCUGCAGAUCAUAGUGUCAGGACAUCGUCCAUGAGUAGCCAGUAUGACCUGGCAGAUGUACCAGAAGAGGAGGAGACAACGCGCUACUGGGAUAGCCCGCAAUCCAGCCUAGGGUGUCCUGACUCGCGCUCGAUUUCUCAGGCCAGCCCCAAGGCUGAAUUCCCGAGUGCAGGUGAAACCCACGCUCCCAUGUCCAUCUUUGUCGCCGAGGAGCUGUCGCGGAAGUUUUCUGAGGCUCUUGCUUCGCCCACUCUCCCCCAGCACCUUCAGAACCACAAUACUCAGGUGGAGGUCACACCCUCUCAGCCCAUUGCCACUCUGCACCGAUUCUCAUACGAGGACGAGAUGUACGACUCCUGGGAUGCAGACAUCGACUACUGCUACGAACACGCAGCCGAGUCCUCCUCCAACUUUGACUGGACCCGCACAUCUCUCGAUGAGUCUCGUCCUCAGGUCGGAAUAGCCUGUAGCGAUGGACCUUGGCUCUCACCUAAAACCCGUCACCUCCAACCCAGCCCACUCAGCACUUCCGAGCUUCCCACCCCAGAUCUGAACCCAAGCCCAGCAUCCAUGCCCACCCACUCCGCUGCCACCCCUUUAGGCGAUUGUGAUCCCGUCUUUCGCAACCCCGAAUAUUUCCCCGUCAGCACUCUGGGCAAAAUCACCGAACCUCCUUAUGAGGAGUACCUGACGACCGACGGCGAAUCAGACCGUCACUUUACUUUCUCUGGAGUGCCCAUCUCCCCACGCAGCAGCUUCUCUCCAAUCAGCAAAUGCAACAGCCAAGAGAGCCUGAUGCUCUCCCGUGCAGCCUCUGUCGCCCGCAAGCACCGCUCCUCCGUUUCAACCAUGAGCGUUCCGGAGCUCAUUCACUCGCUCUCCAACAGCCGCGAACUGAUGCCCACCGACCGUCUAACAGCCGGCGAGGCCCUCACUCGUCCUGCUUCAGCGUCACACCGCCAGACUAAGAGUCUCGCCGAAGCACACCAGCUUCUGCACAAUGGCAGCAGCACCAGUUUGGAUGAACUGCCGGUCCACGACCGUACCAAGUCUGUUUCAGACGUUGAGAUCAAGGUCGAGGCUCCCUUGCCUCCCCUCCCACCGAAAAACCCGAACCGGAAGGCGAAGACUCGCUCACCUUCUUACUCUCUCUUCCCCACCGCUCACUAA